AUGCCAAAUCGAGAAAUGCCGUCCUUGAAGGAUGAAGAAAAGCACAUUGUGGCAACGGUCGUGGGUGACCUGCAUCUCGACAAUGCUAAUAGGAAAGGCUUAGCAGCGGACAUCCAAAAGAAAUUAGAUGAGGCAUACCCACAUCGAGACAGAACGUCAUCCAUUGAAAAGCUUUUGUUGGUAUUAAACAGGUUUGUUUCUGUUGGAGAUGUCGCUGUUAGCUUUGACCCUGUUCAUGCUGCCCUGCCAUGGGCUGCCCUUCGAUCUGUUCUUGUGAUUUUGACCGCAAAACACGAGUUGAAUGGAAUUAUCCUCGCUGGAAUGGCCGAGGUCACUUGGCUCCUCGUCCGGUGUGACACAUAUCAGCAAUUGUACAUGUCUCCAGAUCCUACUCUUCGCCCACCCGAAACCGUGUUGAGAGAUUUGAGAUCAUUCAUAGUUCAAGUUUAUGCAGAAUCACAGUCAUUUCUUGCAUUCAUGAUAAGGCGUCCGCAGAGCAAAAUCAUGAUAGAUGCUGCAUUCAAGCUUGAACCAACGCGAAACCAUGUUGAAAGUCGAUCUGGUCUCAGAGACCUUUGCGAACUUGUGGCAGAGUUCCCAGUCAUCCAGCAAAAGGUAGAAUUAAUCCUGGAACGAAUGAACGCUAGAGAUGAGCGCGAGAUUUUAGACUGGAUCUCGCCAAUACCAUACGGGAAGCAUCACAUCUCAGUGAAGGAGGCUCGAACUCCUGGCACUUUUUUGUGGCUCCAAGGCUCGAUUGGAACUGGGAAAACAUUUAUCACCUCCAAGGCCAUUGACCAUACUUUGAAUGGACUUAAAAGCCAAUGGGACCAUGUGGGCUUCGCAUAUUUCUACUGCAAUCGGAACGAGGAUUCUCGAAAAGAUCCACUCUGCGUGCUUCAGAGCUACGUUCGUCAACUCUCAACUGCUGUUGGAGCUCCGGGAUAUAUGCGGAAAAGCCUUCAAGUCGCUAGCGAAGAAGCGAGACGUCGAGCAUCACACUUUGGCGUUGAAGAAUGUAAGACCCAGCUGCUAGAGUCGAUAAGCGGGUAUUCCCAGACGAUUCUCAUUCUUGAUGCCCUCGAUGAAUGCGACCCCAUAUCUCGUUGCAAGCUCAUUGAAGCGAUAUGUGACUUGGUAUCUAAAUCUGAUCGGCCAAUCAAGGUCUUCAUCUCAAGUCGGCCUGACAGCGAUAUCAAGCAUGCACUCAGAAGUUGGCCUUACAUUGAGGUCCUUGCGAUGGAUAAUGAACGUGACAUCGAAAGAUUUGCUUAUCUACAGAUAGAGCAGAUACUCGAAUUGCCAACUGAAGCAGACAUCCGAAAUAAGCUCGGCAAACUUCCGCUUGGACUUAAAGAUGCGUACGAUGAGAUUUACGAAAAAGCUACUAAGUCCCCUCACGCAAAGAUUCUCGUCGAUCGCGCGUGUAAGUGGGUGAUGAGUUCCUUCAAACCUUUCACCAGCUCUGAGCUUUUGUCUGCAAUUAGCGUUGAUUCUGCCCAUGUCAUCACCGAUUUUGAAAACAAAACCGACGAGUUAGGAUUACAGGCUCUAUUCAGCAAUCUGCUUGUCUUAGACUCUGAAAGAAGGGUUUGGAGAUUCACGCAUCUGUCAGUGGUUGAAUAUUUUGAAGUCAACCAUUGGGGCCUCCGGGAGGCUCACUCGAAUGCUGCCAAAGUUUGUUUUAGGCUUCUGAUUGAUAUGUAUGACAGCCCGGUCUACGAAAUGUCUAUGAAGGGCUUAGGCGACAGGCCCAAAGCAGAAGCACAAAACGCGACUGAACAGAUCGGUCCGUUCCAGAAAUAUGUGGUACAACACUGGGUGAUCAAUGUCAGGACCUACGAGGAACAGAUAGCCAAAGAAGAACAAGAAGGGGACGUUUCAUUAAUAGACCUUUUGAAAUGUUUUUUUGGCUCCCCCUUUGAGAGUAGUGUUCAAUACCGCGCUUGGUACCGUCGCCUUGACGCCCGCGAAAGCAUAGACUCGAGUCUGUUGAGAGGUAUUGACAAGGAAGAAAUAUCUCCAGAAGAGGUUACCAUUUGCGUGAUGUGCAGAUUUUCUCUUUUCAUUCUCCUGCGUGACUGGUGGAACAAUAUAGGAACCACAGUCACACAAACUAACGGGUGGGGUGACAGUCUCUUGACUAUGGCCGCUGCGGCAGGCUCCAAGUCUAUCUGUGAGAUACUUACGAAGCAUGGAGUAAAGAUAAACCUAUUAUCACCAUGUGGAAGAUAUGGGAGCGCCCUCGCUGCUGCCGCUUUUUUGGGACGAACGGAGAUUGUUAAGUUUCUCGUUGGGAAAGGGGCCGAGCCGAAUCUUAUAUUGUCUGGUGGGGUUUUAGGCAGUGCCCUCGUUGCUGCUUCUGUUUUGGGACGUAUAGAGAUCGUUCAGUUCCUCGUCGAGAAAGGGGCGGAGCCAAACCUUGAGUUGCCGACUGGGAUCUACGGGAGCGCUCUUGCUGCGGCCGCAUCUAGAGGGCAUGUAGAAGUCGUUCAGUUCCUCGUCGAGAAUUUUAUUGUCUGUUGGGAGAUUGUUCAGUUCCUCGUCGAGAAAGGGGCGGAGCCAAAUCUUGAAUUGUCGAUUUGGAACUACGAGAGCGCUCUUGCUGCGGCCGCAUCUGAAGGGCAUGUAGAAGUCGUUCAAUUCCUCGUCGAGAAGGGGGCGAAGCCGAAUUUCAGAUUGCCGAACGGCAACUAUGGAAGCGCUCUUGCUGUUGCCUCUUCCGGAGGAUAUUACAGGGAUGUGGUCAAGAUCCUCCUUCAGAAGAGGUUUCAUGUUAGCAUUGGAGAUGACGAGAGACCAUUGCCCAUUGGAAAUUUUGCCUUUAAUGGAGACAAUCAUUUGGUCGGCGUCUCUCUUCAGACCAUAAGGGUUGCUUCCAACCCCCCAGAGCCCAUGGGCCGCACGCCACUUCACCUCGCCGCAGUUAGCGGGCAGUCUCAAAUUGUUGAGCUACUUCUCACUCAUGGUGCCUCGCCGGGUGCCAAAGAUCACUAUGGGUCAACUGCAAUAUUCGCUGCUGUUGCAAACGGACACGAGGACGUGGUACAGUGCUUACUAGGAUUUCAAGAUGCCAUUGAUUUUGAAGACCUUUUCGGUCGAAGUCUUUUUUGGUGGGCGAAGAAGAAGAGUGGUAGCAUCAACAUUGUUCGGCUCUUAUUGGAAUAUUCGCAGAAAAAUGGCAUCUUAAUAUCCAAGGCAGAUCUCGAUCUUGAAUGUGAUUUGGUUCCCAGGGGGGGGAACGGCGUGGUGCGACGUGUGUACUCAGGAUAUUUCCGACGAGAGCUUGGCUACAUAUGUGCGGCUUGUGUUGACUUCGAUGUUUGUGUUGAGUGUUAUGAAGUGGGUGGUCGAUGUUUGUACCAUCCUGAUGAGCUUGCGUUCAAAGAACCGAGGGGCUGA